UGCGAUAUUUACACGACUGUUCUUCUUCGUCUCACGCAAAAUACAUUCGUUCUCUCUCCAAAUCGAAACCGAUUUCUUCAUCUGAAAUCACACCAGAUUCGUGAUCGCAAGCUUUGUUUCCAUGGAUUUGACUAUUGUCAUCGAUACGAUUACAUCAUCUGCAACUCAAGGCUUAGGAAUCGCGAAAUUCCCUCGCCAUUCGGAACAACACUCUUCAUCUUCCGGCUGCCUCCAGGUUUCCGCUGUGAUUUUCCCUGUGGACUCGAUGGCACGGCCUCCUGUUAGAUCUCGUAACCUGAAAACGAUUCCUCGGAGACAGGUCAGUAGACGGAAGCGUACAAGACGGAGUAGAUCCGCUACCGAUGGUGGAUCCGACGGGAGUGACGGUGGUGGUUAUUUUGGCGGUGGCGGUGGUGGAGGUGGAGGAGGAUGGAACUUUGAUCGUUUUGGAUGGUCGAAUUGGGAUGAAUCUUCUUCUUCUUCACCCGCGGAUCCUGCAUUUGAUUUUGUCUAUGAGGUAAUCUGUUGGAUUGUGCUUUCAAAUUGCUUGCACUUCUCUUUCAAGAAGGUUGUGAGAAUUGUUGCGAAUGGAAUAGGUGGUUCUGAGAGAGAGAAGGUUCAAUUGAGACUGAAUCCAGUCUAUUAGUAGUAUCAUAGGCUCAUUUCCAUAAAAAUAAUAAUUGUACUCAUUAGCGUAAGUAAGAUUGUUAUGAAUCCUGUACAUUCCUGUGUAGCAUGUUCUUAUCACGCUUCCAUUGAAGUUAAUGAUGUAAAUGAUUUGUAUAUAUAUAUGAUUCUUCAAACAAAAUGCUUGUGGCUUUGCACUAACUUUGCUAUAUAAUAAUGCCAUGUUUUCUUCUUGUU